AUGCGGACCAGAAGAAACAGAUAUACCGCUCCUACACCUGCUCCUAAAUGCGAUCACUCUCCUCAACCUCCAGCUCCUCAACCUCCAGCUCCUCAACCUCCAGCUCCUCAACCUCCAGCUCCUCAACCUGCUCCUGCACAGCAACCUGUUACUGAUCAACAACCUGCUCCCAAUUCUCCUCAACCUCGUGCUCAGCAAGCUGCUCCUGGACACCAACCUGCUACUGAUCAGCAACCUGCUCCCAAUGCUGCUGCUCUGCCUACUGGUCGCAGAACGAGGCGGAUAUUUUCUUUAGACGGGGUUAUAGCGGAAUACGACGCCGUUGUGCAGCUAGUCAACUCUGGUCUCUCAAAGUCUGCCGCUCUGGAGCAGAUACUUCUCAAGAAAGCGAUGUAUCGCUGA